AUGGCAAUGAAAAGUACUACCGGCGCCGUCGCUGCAGACGGAUUAUCAAGUUUAGGCGAGGACAGGACAGUACAGGCCGGACUCCUGUCUGAGCUGGUCGCGCGGAAAGCGCGGGCCGUGGAAGCGACACAGCAGACGCUCGUGCUUCUCCGCGAAUUCCGGUCGCUCAAAGAUAGCGUCGCCGAUGCCAACGGGAAGAUCCAGGAGGCGCUGCGCGCGCGGGAGAAGGUCAAGGUGACAUCAGCGCGACUGAAGGAGCAACGAAAAGUCGUCGACGAGCUUUCCGCGAUAGUCGAUAAAACCGCGAAGCGGAUGUACGAGCGAGACUCGGAGGAAGUCCGGCUGUCGCUGGUAACAGCGGGCGAGGCGAAACUCGUCGCAGAGCGGCUUGCUGCGAGACUCGCACGAAAGGUUUUGCGACUGCGCGACAAAGAGGCGUCGUACAGCAUCACGGUGAAGUGUCGCGACGAGAUACUUAAAGCAUGGGAGCAGCGGCUUCCGCAGGCCAUGGAAGCGGAGAAGAUUAUAAACGCGACGUUGCGAGAUUAUCUUGCAGUAUUCAAACGUGGGAUGAAGUCCUUUCCUGAAUCUGAGCGUGCCAUCCUCGGAAUCGUCCAAAAGCCAUCCUCAACAAGCCGAGAUGAAACCCGUGGCGCGCCGCCAGUUUCAUUGGUUUUCGUCGCAGAUGACGCAGAGAAUGAUUUCAAGAGCAAUAAAAAAGGACAUGCCAAUUAUGGCGCGUCGGAAAUGUCACCUCUGCUCACUGGCUCUUCAAGCAACGGGCCUUCAUCCAACGGACCUCCAUCGGACGCACCUUUUCCCAGUCCAGAAAAGAUUCCUGCGGUGCCAUUCUGGAGUGACAAAGACGACCCUUAUCUCACGGAAAUCGAAGCGCCUCACAGCGAAGUGAUGGAUGUUGAGCACGGUUUUCGAGACAAGAAUUCGCAGCAGAAGAGUCUAGGCUUGCACAAGUCGACCGAAGCUGUGGACAAGAUUGCAGCAGCAGACGCAGAGGAGGUGGUGGCUCGGGGAUUGCUGGAGAGCCUCCGAGCCGAAGUCCAGGCUUGGAAAUCUUCCAUAGCUGAGGCUCGGACGUCAGAGGGCUUCCAGAAGCUGAAGAGGACGCGUGAAGAGCUGGAUAAUGCGGAGGGCGAUGCGGAGUUUGCGGUUUUCCAGGUGAAGGAAGGCGAGAAGGACCUGGCAAAGGCGGAAGCUGAGCUGGCAGACGCACGGGAGAUGGCCGACAAACAGACGAGGAUACUGCAUGAAGCAAAUGAAGAUCUGCGCCUCGCCAUGAGUGUUGAGUCUGCGGCUCGGACUUUGAGAGCAAGGAUGCAGCGGGAGGAGGCUGAACUCGUGAAGGCUCAGGCAGAGAGAGUGGCAGGAGCAAUGAGCAGGAAGGUGAAGAGAGCUGAGGCGUUGGUUUUAGAGAGAAGGCAAGAGUUGCAAGUUGCGAUGGUGGAAAGGGAGAAGGCGGCAAGGAAGGUUCCAGGGUUGAAAACCCGUGUGAAGGAGCUGCAGGAGAGGAAUGGUAAGGGCGAGUUAGAGGCUAAGGAGGCUAUUAGGCUCAUGAAGCUGCUCAAGCCAGUUGUGAUUGCUAAGCAUGGGGAAGCUCUUACUGCACGGGGCAGAUUGUGA